AUGGGUCAAGGGACUGCAGCAUCGGUGCUUAUGUCCUCUUACAAUAUAGGAAUGUUCGUUACAUCUCUGUUCACCGGGCCUCUAUCUGAUAGAGUGGGUCGUCGUCCUCUCUUCCUUAUCGCCCUCCUUCUCUAUACUGGAGCUCAGUUUGCUGAUGCCAACGCUUGGGAUCUGGCAAGUUUGGCUGGCUUCAGAGCUCUUGAAGGAGUCCUGGCUGGUACUCGUCCUGUAAUCGUAGCGUACCUUACUGACGUUAGUGACAAUGAUGAUAUGAAGCUCUACGGUGUCAUCAUGGGUAUCUUCGUUGUCGUCGGACAGCUCCUCGGUCCUGUCAUAGGGGGAGCUCUGAUGCAGUUCUCGAUGUGGCUCCCCUUUUACUUUAUGGGUAUCUUGGCCGCCGUCCUCCUCUUGCUUGAGUUCUUCUUCCUCCGAGAAUCCCUUGUGAAGGAUGAGAGUGGGAAGCUGGUUUCCAGAGUGAAGAAGGUUGAAGAGGAGAAUGUGGAGUACCCCAAAAACAAAUGGCUUAUCCCGACUGUCAUCUGCCUCGGGAUCGCCGCCUUCUGCAGACAGUAA